ACGCUGCGUCUGGGAAAGUCGAGCGCGUUCAAAGUUCGUACCGAGAUCCGCGACGAUGACGAAUUAGGCCGAUACGGAGCGCAAACUCGCGAUCGAGCCAGCGGCAGCACCUGUGGAGCCUCGACCUUUUCCAAAUAGAACGAAGCUAGGAACUCUCCUUGUCGAAGGCUCGUCUCGUUGUCUGACCGACUCGACGGACGUCGACGAUAUCAACGAAAUUGAGGAAAUCGAGGAAUUCGAGAUGGAGGGUGGAAUCGUAGGGAGCCCUCGGGCGGCUCCGAACCAGAUCGCGGAGACGAGUCUGGAACCGACUCUGGACCCGUCUCUGGACCGAUCGGAAGACGAGGUCGCCCUGCAAGGAUUUUGUAGCCCGAAGAAACUACCCUACAGAUUUCUCGGACUGGCAUUGAUGUGCCUGCUCGGUUUCGGCUCGUAUUUCUGCUUCGACAAUCCCGGUGCUCUGCAGGACAAUUUCAAGACCGACCUGCAAAUGUCGACCAGCAAAUUCGUUCUGCUCUACAGCAUCUAUUCCUGGCCCAACGUAAUCCUUUGCUUCAUCGGAGGUUUCUUGUUGGACAGCGUCUUUGGCGUUCGUUUGGGUACCAUCAUAUACAUGGGACUCACUCUGAUCGGACAGCUGAUCUUUGCCACCGGAGCCACGAUCAACGCGUUUUGGUUGAUGAUGAUCGGAAGAUUCGUUUUCGGAAUAGGUGCCGAAUCGUUGGCGGUCGCCCAAAACAGCUACGCCGUACUUUGGUUCAAGGGAAAGGAAUUGAACAUGGUAUUCGGAUUGCAAUUGAGCUUCGCUCGUGUAGGAUCCACCGUCAACUUCUUGGUAAUGGAACCGAUUUACAAUUACGUGUCCAAGUCCUACGUGGGCCCGGAAUGUAUCGGCGUAGUUCUAUUUCUCGCCGCUAUCACUUGCGUGGGCUCUAUGAUAUGCGCUUGCAUCUUGGGUCUAAUGGACAAACGUGCCGAAAGAUUGCUAAGGCGAGGAGAAGGCCAGGAACCGGAAGUAGUUAGCCUGAAAGACGUUAAAGACUUCAAGCCCAUAUUUUGGCUGAUCGCGCUCAUCUGCAUCGCUUAUUACGUAGCCAUAUUUCCUUUCAUCGCCCUCGGAAAAGUAUUUUUCGAAAGGAAGUACCAGUACGAUCCUUCGAGCGCCAAUACCGUUAAUUCCUUGAUUUAUUCCAUAUCGGCGAUCGCUUCUCCCGUCUUGGGCUAUCUCGUAGACAGAAUUGGGAAGAACGUUUUUUGGGUCUUUCUCAGCAUAUGCGCUACCAUGGUGGCUCACGUGCUUUUAGCCUUUACAUACGUCAAUCCGUACGCGUGUAUGAUACUCAUGGGAUUCGCGUAUUCGAUGCUUGCUAGCAGCUUAUGGCCUUUGAUCGCACUCGUUACGCCAGAGUAUCAACUAGGGACCGCUUACGGCAUCGCCCAGUCCGUACAAAACUUGGGCCUGGCAGUCGUUUCCAUACUGGCUGGACUCAUCGUCGACAGAGGCGGUUACAUGAUGCUCGAGAUAUUCUUCCUUGGAUGGCUUUGGAUCUCCUUGAUAACCGCUGCUGCGAUUUGGGUGUCCGACAUGGCAACGAGCGGUGGCUAUCUCAACAUGACACCGGGACAACGAGAGAAGUACGAAGAAAUUCGGCAUACCCCGGAAAGCUUGGAAAGGAAGAAAUUGUUGUCGCCCGAGUCUACCUCGGAUCUGUCGGUCGACGAUCUCUUGCAACCGCAAUCCGACAUCAGUAUCAGAAAUCGCUAUUUGUCUCGCGUUGGUGCGAUGGUACCGCCGCACGCGAAAGCACCCAUUCAUCGGCCGCUACGAUGAUACUCUGCGUUUAGUUGAACAUAGAUGUAUUCUUUUGAAAUCUCGCUAAAACAUUCGCUGUCUUCCUUCUAAAUAGCGCUAAUCUGUGAUAAUUUCUUCGAUAUCUUUUCUUCGGCGUCGAACGUAUGGAGCAUUUUCACGUUCGACGUCGAACGUUAUUUCAUUUGUGACUAAGUCGACUAAUCAACAUUUUAUAUUGCCAAAUAUGGAAAGUCGAUCGACGCCGCGAACCGUGGGACAUGCAAUACUGUAUUAAGUUUUGACAAUGACUAAUUAUGAAUUUUUACGAUCGCUCGUUUGCGGGACAGCUACUACGUGGAUUAAUCUCUACCUCUGGUUUCGUUCGCAAAUCGUUGUUACAAAUAGAUAUGAGAUUAUUCGUUAAAUUAUAUAUAUAUAUAUAUGUAUGCACAUACGUAUACGUAUAUAUGUGUGUAUAUGUACGUAUAUAUUAUACACACCUACGCGUAACCACAAAUAUGUAUAUAUAUAUAUAUACACACGUAUACACGAAUAUAUACGUAUAUACGUAAGAUGCUGUAAACGUGUAAUAUAUGUUGAUGUGCGAAAAAUAAAUGUACGACGAA